AUGGCUUUGGAAGAAUCCAUAACAACACGUAUACAUCAUCGUUCAAUACCACCGAUCUAUUUAUCAUAUUCUAAUCAAACUGGUUUUAUUGAACGAUAUUUUGUUGUUAAACUUUAUCAACAACUCGUAGAAAAUGGUUUAGGUGAAGGUGUUAUAUGGUUUGAUCAUCAUCAAGGAAUACAUCCUGAUAAAUCGGCUACUUGGUUUGCUGAUCGUCUUGAGGCAAUUGAUUUAUCACUUGGUAGUCUGUUGAUAUUAUCAAAUGCAUGUCAACAUCAACGUUUGAUGACAAUUGAAUCAAAAGCUAUACUUGAUAGAAAAAUUUUAUCAGGCACAACAACUGUUUAUGGUUUAUUUGUUAUUUUUUUAGACGAAUGUCAUGAUUUUACAUAUUUACGUUCGCGAGCAGAUUUUUUUCAUGCUUUUAAUAAAACAGAAACGAUGUUAGAAGUUGAUGAACGUAUAUCAAUGAUUUUAAAACAAUUAUUAAUAAAAUUAUUACCAUAUAAACAAUUUUCUUCUAUUCAAAAUAAUUUAACACCACAAGAACAUAAAAUCGAUGAAGAAGAAUUUAAACAAUUAUGUACUUGGACAUCAAAAGAUAUUCAAUUAUUUCUAACUCGUAUUGGUGUUGCACAAACAAGUCGAGAUUUAUUUUCUGAAAAACAAAUCGAUGGUUAUUUAUUAUUAGCAUGUACUGAAAAUGAAUUAAAAGAUUAUUUUCAAAUGAAUAAUCGUAAAGUUCGACAAAUAUUAAUUGAACAUGUUAUACAAACAAUUCAUCGUGAACGACAAAGUCGACCUCAAUGGCAUUAUGAAGCUAAAAAAACCAAGGGAAAAAGUGAUCAUGUCUAUUUAAUUUAUGAUCCUGAAGAUCAUUUAGUAGCAAAUGAAAUUUCAAAUUUUUUAAAAGAUAAAAAAUUUCGAGUAAAUUAA